GCGGCGCUCCCUCGGGGCGGUUGCGGUCGCUCCCCGCCCUCCGCCUUUGGUCGCCGGGUAACGCUCCGUCCCCGCGGCCCGGCCCGGCCCGGCCAUGGCCCAGCCCAGCCCGGGGGUGCCCCGCCGCUUCGAGGAGCUCACCUUCUACCGCGGCUACGGGCAGCCGCCGGCUCACCCCCGCUUCAGGACCGCCAACCAGACCUACGGCAGCAGGGCCCCCACGGUGCACGAGCUGCCGAGCUCCUUCCACAUCCUCUCGCACAAGUUUUCGGAUCAUCUGGGCAGGAUUGGCAUGUGCAGGAACGACGGCCUGAACACGUCCCUGGAGAAGAGCCACUGCACCGGCCCCGACACCUUCAUCACCGCCUACGAGCACCUGGACUUCCACCCCAGCUACAACCCCAGCGGCCCCUCGCACUGCAGGGACCAGCCCCUCUAGCCGGCUUUUGUCUGCCUUGGGAGAAACGCCCGCAGCCAGCCGCUCUUUCUUGAUACUAAAUGGACCCACUAGAUUACAGAGGGAACGUUAUUAGGAGUAAUAGGCUGAAGAUUUAAUGUGGUUAAGUGUCAGGUAGCUCAUGUGCAGCAGCACAUAAAUACUAGGACAACAUAAAUUCUGUUUUCAUCCCCUUAUCCCCUUCUCUGUCACUAAUGAUCCUUUACACUCUUGCCUUAUGUACUACAAGUCAUUAAAAAUUAAGAUCUAAA